AGUGGCAAAAGAGAAAAAAAAUCCAUGUCUAGCUGCAAUCCAAUCUAGGUACUCAUUAGGGUUGCGUCCUUGAAGAGUAGUGCAAACCAAGAUAUAUUUAUUUCCUCACGUUAAUUUUUUAUUAAUUGUUCGAAGUAGUCUAAGCCCUUCAAUCAUCAUUCUUUAUACACUAGUACAUUUGCAUCCAAUUUGUAUAUCUUACUAAGAUGAGCUAUAUAUCUAUGAGUGAGGGAUGAGUCAUUGAAUUUGGGUGUAAGCUGCAAAACAAAUCAUGGGUCAUCAUUGUUGCAGCAAGCAGAAGGUCAAGAGAGGGCUCUGGUCCCCUGAAGAAGAUGAGAAGCUCAUGAAAUAUAUCACAGCUCAUGGGCAUGGAUGUUGGAGCUCUGUCCCUAAGCUUGCAGGGUUACAAAGAUGUGGAAAGAGUUGCAGACUAAGGUGGAUCAAUUAUUUAAGGCCUGAUCUAAAGAGAGGAACCUUUUCAGCUCAUGAAGAAAGAAUCAUAAUAGAUGUUCACAGGAUUUUAGGAAACAGGUGGGCUCAAAUAGCCAAGCAUCUCCCUGGAAGAACAGACAAUGAGGUGAAGAACUUUUGGAACUCUUGCAUCAAGAAGAAGCUCAUUGCUCAGGGUCUUGAUCCAAAAACCCACAAUUUAAUGCCUUCAGCGCCCUCUCGUGCCUCUAAUAAUAGCAGCAAUAAUGUUACUAAUUUCUCUCAGUUUCAUCAAUCAAAGUCUUCUACCACAAUUCCCUUCACCAUUAGUACUACUUCCAAUAUCAAGAACUUUGAGAAGACUAGCUCUAUGGAUCAGAUUAUUAAUAGCCCAACAGUUGUGACACUGCCGCAAUCUACUAGUAUCGGGUUGAAUGAUACUAUUCCUAGCUCUAGCUUCCAAUAUCAAGACCCAAACGUGUUAAUGAGCUUCAAAGAUCAAGAUCUAUGCAAUUUGAUCGAUUAUACUAAUUGUUCUUCUUCUCCUUUGGGGCAUGCAAACAUAUCACCAAAUUUCAAUCAUUCCGAGUUUAUGGAUGAGGCUUGCAUUUGGGCUGGAAAUGCAGUUGGGACUAUUGAAGGCCCUAAAGGAAAUGGGCUUGAAGAAGGAUUGAAGGGGCAAGAACAAGUACAAGUACAAGCCCAUGAGAUUAAUGAGGAGAUGUCAUAUAGUAGCUCCGCGUUUGAUCUUGAAUUGAUGGAUUCAGCAUUGAUGCCUUGCGGGAUGUUCAGCAAUGGGAGUUCAAUGGAACAGUUGCAAUGGGAUUGCUAGGUCUAUUUAUCUAAAUUCCUAUUCUUUUCGUUUUCAUUUUUUUCCCAUUAAUUGCGAUGUAGUAGCACUAUAAGACAAUUUGACCGAUCCUUGAAAUUCAUAAAUUGGUCAUUGGUUGUAGUACAGAUGCUCAGUGAAAACUGUAAUCUUAUGAGAUAAUUUUGUUUAAUCUUUCCCCCCCUAAGUUGCUUACUCACAGAUUGGUUCUUCGUUA